CAGAUUAUUUUGAUUAUUUAUUAUUGUUAGGAAACAGUUUCCUUUAAUGUUAUUUUCUGAAAUAAAUGUGUAAAGAAGCAGAAAUAACAAUCAGAUAGAAAGAGAUCUUAUACGGAAGGGAAAAGGAAUAUGAACAAAAGCUAAAAUACCCAGAGAGAUAGAAUGAAGGGUUUUAAGUGUGGUUCGUCUUUUAUUAUUGCGCUGACCUUAUUUCACGUGAUAGAUGCAUUUCCGCCAUCAAAAUCACAAUCCGCCAAAACAUGUCCGUAUAAUGAAACUGAGUGGAUGAAGAGAUCGACAAAAUUCUUUUGUCAGGGGAAGGAAGUUUAUCACUGUUUUCUUGCUGAGGACGAAGUUUCCGUUAAAGAAAAAUGUGUAGAAAGAACAAUGAUGCUUAAAGGUUUUUGUCCAAUAUUCACAGACUCUGGUUAUUUACACUGGAGUCCAUGCAAUGAAACAGGGUGUCCUAACUCAUCCUACACAAGUAAUACAGUCUACAAAUAUCGAGUGUGUUUUGGAGACACAGAUAACAUUAUAGCCUCCAUAUCUGGUUCCAGGGACGACGAGGAGACUUCUGCCUUGGACCUCGGGAUCGGGAUUGGAGUUCCAGUUGUCCUGAUCUUUGUUGUUGUGGUAAUUGUUUUGGCAUAUCGUCAACUUAGACCAAGGAGUGAUGAAAAUGAGGACAUAAAAAAUGGCAUCCACGUUCUCCAUUCUGAAAACAUUCUAUAUGUAAUUGGAAAGCUCGGCAAUUCUGUUUCUACUGUCGGGGACGGAAUAGCAUCAGGAUUUGCGGAGAAGCGUAAUAUGAAAUCGAAAAAUAUAAAGUACUUGGAUGUUUCUGAAAAUUUUGAAUUCUCUGAAAGCACCGUGUAUUAUAUUGAUGGGUGGUUUGGUUUAUGGAAUGAUAAUCCAUGUGAAAAAGACCUCGUUUUGGAGAAUUUUCGUUUGAUCAUUGAAUCAGCUAAGGAUAAGGAGAGAAAUAUUAAGUUCAUUAUCGGACUUCGCACUGAUGAAUUUGAGUCCUAUAAAAAGGAUUUAGAGGGGAUUGGAAUUUCUUUCCCUGAAAGGCAAAAAAUAUUACGUGAUUCAAGUUCAAGACAUAAAGACACUCGAGUGGAAACACAUUUAAAAGAAUUGAAACGGAAAUGCACUACUGAUGGAUGUAGUUGUAAAUCAUUACAUUUAAAAGAUAUAAAGUCUUCUUUUGCUGUACUAGAUGAUUUAAGAAAUCUCUGUCCCAAGGACAUCGCUCUAGACCCACAGUACGUCUGGAUACAUGGUUCUGCGUGCCUGCAGAUCUCCCUGGACAAGCAUGACUGGCCGCACGCGCGGGAGCGCUGUCAGCGCCAUGGCGGGGAUCUGGUGCAGAUCCGGAAUGCCGAGAUGCAGGGUUCCAUCAUAGAGAAGAUCAGACAGGUCCAUCACAACAUCAAGGACGGAUUCUGGAUCGGGGCGUCAGAUCAACAUCACGAGGGCAGGUGGGAGUGGGUGUCAGGUGACAAGACGAUGACGUAUGAUAACUGGAGCCCUCACCAGGGUCCUCACCAGACUGGCUUCCUGCUGAUCCCGGGGGGAGGGACGGAGGACUGCGGACUACUGAAGAUCACAGAUCAUUAUAUGUGGCACGACUACCCCUGUCACAGCGGAAUAGCAUUCUUUUAUCCGUACAUUUGUCAAUUUGAUAUACCACAAACAACACUUAGACCAGAAACAAACAAAACUCUAAAACCAACCUCAGCAGUAUCGACAACAAAACUAACAAAAACAACGACACAAUCAACAGCGAAAUCACCCACAAAACCGAACGUUACACCAAAAGUAACAGAGAUAACAUCAUCAGCAACACAUUCUACAAGUAUUAAAAGUUCAGCAAGAAAAGAAGUAUCGUCAAUUCCAGCAAUGACAACAAAGUCUUUAAAGUCAACAAAGACCACACUUCUCUCUCUAUUAACAUCGAAGUUCAACAUGGCUGAGAAAACAAAUGGAAUCAGUUUAAUUUCGAACAAAAUCACAUCUGAGGGAAAUCCUAAGCCGACCACAGAAGAAUUAGAGAUACUAGUCACAGAGCAAGGUCAAAGUUCAACCACGACAGCAAAGAGUGAACCAGAGGGCAUGAUCAUUAUAGGAUAAAGACUGUAGUUUUUUUUUCAUCAAAAUUUGAAAAUAUUAAACAUCUGCACUUUUAAGAUGUACCUUAGAAAAGAUUGUCA